CCCUCAGCCCUCUUCCAAGAAACAAACGUCGCAUCCUGGCCCAGCCUAGCCCGUCUCUGGUCCAAUGCCCUCUCCGCCUUCCCGAAAAUCGACAUCGUCGUCACCGGCGCAGGCCUCUUCGAACCAGCAUGGAGUUCCUUCUGGCACCCUCCCAAAACACUCUCGAACCCGGACAGUGAAUCCCGUGACGCAGCAGACGCGGACCCGGGGACGUAUGCUGUCCUCGACGUGAACUUGACGCAUCCGAUCCGGCUGAGCCAGCUUGCGAUUGGGUACUGGACGCAGGAGGGGCGAAGGGGGUGUCUGGUGCAUGUGAGCAGUAUCGCGGGCCACGCGGCGGGGAUUGGGUCGCCGUUGUAUGUUGCGAGUAAGCAUGGCUUGCACGGCUUUGUACGGUGUAUGGCCGGGAUUCGGGAUCGGUUGGGCAUUCGGUGUAGUGCUAUUGCGCCUGGGGCCGUGAUGACUCCAAUGUGGUUGGAGGACCCGGGGAAGAAGCACAAGACGCAGGGCGAAGGCGUCGAGCUGUUCCUUGAGCCGGAGGAGAUUGCUAGGGGUAUGCUUGAGCUUUGUGAGAAUCCAGAGUAUGGCGACGGGACGAUUUUGGAGGUUUCCAAGGGGGCUAUGCGUGUUGUGCCUCUUUUCCGUGCUGAGCCGCCUAGUGGGGUUGGUGUUGUGUUGCCCAGGUUGGCUGAGAAUGCGGAAAAGGUUUGGAAGAAGCUUGAGGGGUCGGGGUUGAGGGUGUAA